UUUGGAUUCAAAAAAGAUGAUGCAUACAAAGACGCAUGAUGACAUAGUAAAGGGCAAGAAAACCAAGACGCAGAAAUUGGAAAAAGAUAUAAAAAUUAAGCGUUGGGUAGAGGAUGUUGUGCAACUGCGGCUACAAAUGCAAAUUGAGGAGUUGCAUAAAAAUAUUCAAUUUUUUAAACAAGAAAACGAAUACAUUCGAUGCCUCGCGGAGAAGUGUCGCUGUUUAUCGGAAGACAUAAGGAGUGUGCAGCAAUUACUACCAAUCAGAGACACAUAUUUUGGACUCACGACAACGAUCAAACACUUACAAGCAAAAUAUCACAAUGAACAUGGAAUAAUAGCCACAUUAACCGGGAUAUUUCGAGGUUCGAUUAAUAUUCAGCAGAUUGCCGCAAGACUAUUAGCGCCGCUAUUAGAACACUGGAAUCCAAGAGACAAGUAUUUUAGAGACGCGACGCCACAUAUAAUUGCACUAUCAUUAAGCUUUUCAUAUAAAGUUAAAAUCAACGUUACUAUAUUUUUUUCAGUAUAAUACCGACCCGUGUAUCCU